AUGGACUCGGGCUCAAGACUCGCAAAUGUCUUCAAGAGCCCUCGAAAACUCCUGCGCAGGGUCACAAAGGCCGUCAUGCGCUCCUACCACUACAAGCUGCCCAAGUACGACAUGCCCAUCCGCUUUCGUCCUUGGUUCCUUGUCUUUACAUCCCUCAUCAUGCUGCUCCUCGCAUUGCUCGGGUUCACCAACUUCUCACACGCCCUGCCGCUGAAUGACAAGCUGCUCCAUUUCCUCUGCCUCAUGAUCGCUACGGGCGUGUUCUACUUCAUCUUUGACGUAGAAGAGGAGGCAAGGAGGAUAUGGUUCUGGCGGCAUGCAGGCCUUAUAUUCACCGGGAUUAUAUGCUUCUUCUUUGGAGACAUUGUGAGCGAAAUCGUGCAGUCGAUGCUACCGUACAAAGAAUUUCAAAUGGGAGAUAUCCUAGCAAACCUCUGCGGCUCCAGCAUAGGCCUCUACAUCGCCUACUACCUCGAAAAGUACUACCGUCACAGACGAGAGAUCGCACGCCUAUACCGCCCCCUCGACACCGACGAGGAGGCUCUCAUCUCAGACUCGGAAGAAGACCGCGCAGAGCCGCUUCUGCCGACGCACAACCCGGCCGCGGGCAAGUCGGCGACGGGCAAGAUCCGCCUGGAGGACGUGUGGGACGAGCGGGAAGACGUGUUUGAUGUAGGGGAGGAUAGCGAUGAUGAGCAGGGGGGAUCGAGAGCGCCCGGGCAGGUGCCCGCGCCCAAGAUUGUGGUGGACAAUCCGUGGUAG